AUGCGAAAGUUGGAAUGGGACGACAUGGGAGUGAAGGUUAAUGGUCAGCAGCUACACCAUUUGCGCUUUGCUGAUGACGUCGUACUGAUAACACUUAGCAUCAGCCAAGCGGAACGAAUGCUGACCGAAUUCGACGAAACAUGUGGAUGCAUCGGUCUUCAGCUGAAUCUACAAAAGACGAUGUUCAUGCGAAACGGAUGGAUCUCGAAUGCCCCAUUCACGCUCAACGAAACGAACAUAUCCGAAUGCACCAGCUACGUUUAUCUGGGCCGAGGACUGAACAUGAUGAACGACCUGACCCCCGAGCUGGGCAGGAGGAGAAGAGCGGCUUGGGGAGUGUACAAGAGCAUCGAGGAUGUAGUGAAGAAUACCAGGAACACCUGGCUCCGUGCUCACCUUUUCAACACCACCGUACUUCCAGCUUUGACUUAUGCUUCGGAAACCUGGGUAUUUCGUAAGCAGGAAGAAAACGCGGUGAGCGUCAUUGAACGCGCAAUUGAGAGAAUGAUGCUAGGAGUAUCCCGUUUCACGCAAGUGAGGGACGAGAUUCAAAGUUCUCUCCUACGUCAGCGAUCGAAGAUUGCUUGCCGUUAG